AUGCCUCCUCGAAUCCCCACUGAAGACGACUUCUCCCCUCUAUCAAGCACCCUCCCUCACACUCUUCACUUCCCCUCACCACCAGAAUCAACCACCACAUUCCUCAUUCUCUUCCACGGUCUAGGCGACCACGAUGUUCCUUUCGCCUCUUUCGCCAAGAACCUCAAUCUUCCCGGCGUUCUCGCUAUUUCAGUGCGCGGUACAUCUGUUCUGCCAGCUGCGCUUCUCGGCGGUGAUAGGCCGGGAUAUCAUUGGGGUGAUGAUCUCACUGUUGAUCCCAGCACGGGAGACAUUGCGGAUGAUUCUGGCUUCGAGAAGGCUCGGAAUCUGAUCAUGGAUAAGUUGAUCGGGGAAACCCUUAUUGAGAAGUGUGGGUGGGAGAUGAGAGAUAUCAUUUUCUUUGGGUUUGGGCAGGGUGGCUCACUUGCUCUUGGUCUCGCAGCCUCUUUGAACAAGACCCCUCGGGUCACUGAUGUUUCCGAGGGUGAGAGCACUUCGCCAGGUAACAAGAAGUUCAAAGGUGCUAUAUCUCUCGGCGGACCUUUACCGCAAUCUAUGGUGUCUACAGUCACGAAUCGCAGCAAGAGCAGCACAAGCGUGUUGGUAUGUCAACUUGACGACGACGCUGUCGAUGCUGUGAAGCGAGAGUUCGACGAUGUCAAGGUCGUCCAGUGGAAGAGACGUGAGGUGAGCAUGCCAAUGAACAGAGAUGAGGUGUUGCCUUUGAUGCAGUUCUUUGCGGAUAAGCUCAAGAAUGAAUGGUAG